AUGGAAUAUCUUGGUGUAUUGGACCUGGCAGGAAACGCUACCUGUGAUAACAAGCAGACCAGGAGUAUCCCCCGUCAUCUGAAGUUGUCCAUUCGAAAUGAUGAAGAGCUGGAGAAAUUGCUCUCCGGCGUGACUUUUUCCCGGGGUGGUGUGUUGCCUAAUAUACGGGCAAUUCUGCUGCCAAAGAAGACCAAAAAGAAACCGAAGAAAUCGGCUACAACAAGAGAGAAGAAGAAAAAUUGUGGGAGUGGUGUGAGAAGGCUAAAAAGUUUAAGGCUGUCGCUAAGAAACCGGAUGCGAAGAUGGCCAAUGAUGGCCACUAAAUCAUCGAAGGCUGUAGCGAACAAACCGAAAACCCCUAAACCCGCUACACCUGCCAAGAAAGCUUCGCGAAGAAAAACAACCGUCGGGAAGAAGUAA